GGCGCUGCGAACUUCGACAACUUUUGAUCAGGUCCCGCAUUGCAUUUGAUCAGGUCCUGCAUUGACAUGAUCAAUUCAACUUGAAAGGAGGCUGUGGGCACUGGGAAGGCAGGAGCCAUGGUGACCCAGAAGGUAUUGCCAAGAAAGAGGGGCUCUGAUCAGAUGGGCAUUGCUGGAUUUUUGACCGUAAAGAAACCUGCUUCCGAUACUGCCACUGCAGCAAAUGUGAAUGCAGGCUCUUCAGGACGUGCAACCCAGCUUGCAGGAGGUAAUCGCCAAGUAGCAGCAGGUCAACGUGCGGCAACAGCUUCUCCAGCAGUCAAUGCAGCUCCUGCAGCUCAAUCAGCAGCAGAUCAGAAGGCCCCGCAGCCUUCCAAGCCGCGCAUUGUCAGGAAGUUCAAGGAGCGGUGGGCGCACGAGUGCAAGUGCCCUGGGUUGUUUUUCAAUGAUGGCAAGAUGUUCUGCCAGAUCUGCAUUGACAACAAGAAGACCAAUGCCUUCACAGUAGGUGCUAAGAAGAUUGAGAAGAAGGCAGUUGCGAAGCACGUCGCUUCAGCGUCCCAUGUUGCUGCUGUGCUGCUGGCAAAAGGGAUCGGCGUCGAUGCUGGUGCCAUGGCAAAGGCCAGUGAUAAAGCUCUGAAGGAGAAGCAACAGCAGAUCCGGGGUAUGUUCAAGAAUGCCUACUACAUGGCAAAGAAGAACAUAGCAGCCACGAAGUACGAGAGCUUCAUCAAGAAUCUGGAGGAGCAGGAUGUGCAGAUGAUCACUGCCAGUUACCGCAACCGGGACGCUUGUCAUGAAUUUCAGGCAAAGAUGUCAGAGUCUUUGUUUGAGAAGUUGAAGAAGGACCUCAACGCGAGUCCUGUCUUCAGCGUCAUGAUUGACGAGACCACUGAUAUUGCAGUGAACGAGCACAUGAUCGUCUAUGCUCUGUACCUCAAGAACAACGAGCUUCAAGUGGACUUCAUCUCGCUGCUUCAGGUAACCGAUACCACGGCUGCAGGCUUGACCGGCGCCCUUGAGGGGCUUCUCAAGCUUCUGGGAGUCGACCUCGCCAAGCUCGUUGGCUUCGGCUCUGAUGGUGCUUCCGUCAUGACCGGGAGGGUCAAUGGUGUGGCAGCGAUGCUCACUCGGAAGCUGAACGGCCACCUACUUUCAACCCACUGCGUUGCACACCGGGCUGCCCUCGCCUCGGCAGGUGCUGCCACAGCCACCCCCUACAGCAAAGCUGUGGAUGACGUCGUCACCAAGCUGGCCACGCGCUACUCCAAGUCAGCCAAGGCUAGUUCCCAGCUGCGGAAGGUCCAAGAAGAAGCGGGGUCAAAGCUUCUUCGUGUCCAGCGCAUCCACAAAGUGCGCUGGCUUUCUCGUCACCAGUCGCUUGAACGGGUCCUUAAGGUCUGGCCCGAAGUGCUGCUGGACAUCGAGCAGCAUGUCCCUGCAGCUGUUAGGGGUAUCGCGGCUGCAGCUGCUGCCGCGGCACUCGCCGAUCCUGUAACUCCAGCUGACGCUGCUGACGACGCACGCCUUGAUCUUCAGCUUCGUGACUUCAAGUUCGUCUUCAGUCUGCAUUUCCUCGCGGACGCGCUCGGAGAGUUGGCCAAGUUAAGCAAGCAGUUUCAGGCUGAUAAGCUGAACCUGCCAGCUGUCGAUGCGUACGUGGAGCGGACGAUCAAGUCGUUCACGGAAGCGUUUAUCGACCGGGACUUGGAAAGGUCAGCCUGGGAGCAUGGGCCGCCUGGGGGGGUGUUGCGGGGUUUUCUGGAGGCGGUGCACGAGCCGGCGACGGUUGGGGAGCCGGUGCUGUUUGAGGGUCGGGAGCUUCUCAACGUGGACCUGCAAGGCAGUUUUGACUACAUGGAAGAGUACGCUCGUGCUGUAGUGAAGGAGUUGCGAGACCGCUUCCCAGCCCGGGAGUUGUUCAACGCAUUCCACAUCUUCAGCCCGGCUGCCUUUCCGGAUCCUAAAGCGGAGGACGAGCUUCGCGACUUCGCUCAGAAGUUUGGGGUUACAGAGUUGAAUAAGCUUCUAGAGCAUUUUGGCGAGCAGAAGGUAGGCAGGGAUGACGUAAUCUUCCCACCGCUUGUAGAUUCGGAUGAGGCCCGUACAGAGUGGAAGGAGCUGAAGCAUGUGCUUCUAACUCUCAAGGGAAGGGAGCCCACUCCGCCGAUGGCGGGGGUGCUGAAGAUCUUGUCCACCGAGGAGCCAUAUAAGGACUCCUAUCCUAACCUAUUAUUGUUAUUACAGAUUGCAAUAGUUCAGCCCUUGAACACAGCAGCGUGUGAGCGAGGAUUUUCGUGUCAGAAUGAUAUCAAAACAAGAAAUAGGAGUAGGCCACGAUAGGUUCACUAGAUGUGCUUAUGCGUAUAAGGCUGUAUGGCCCUAGUCCAUCAAGUAUGGUAUACAAGGAUUCAAUCAGGCGGUGGAAGAAAGGGGUUAAAACAAAUAGGAGGCCUUUAUUUAAAGCGAGUACAGUCGUGAUAGAAGAAAGCGAUGCCGAGGAAUCAGACCAUGAAAUCGAAGAUCAAUUUUGACAAGC